ACAUGGCUGCCACCGUGUAUGACAGAUGACACGGACGAAGGUUAUUUGUGUACAACCCAACAUCCCAUCGUUUUCAACCUUCUCUAGAACUCCAUUGGCCACUGAAAAGUCGAAAUGUCAUCCAUAGAAUAAUGGAGUUCCUAAACAAACCCAUGUCAGAGUUUUGGAAAAGCACUAAGGAGACGUUUGCCGAGAUUAUGGAUAUGAACGACAGUGUUAUCGGCGGCGGCAAGCAACAACAACAGCGGCCGGGCGCGGCGGGCGGUGCGGAAGGGAGCGGCCCCGGUGAAAAUACGGAAGGGAACGGGAGCAAUGAAGGACCCUCGCUACAAACAACCAGAACUGCAGGUGCCAACACGGGUUGUGCAAAUCAAGAGACUGCCAGACCUCGUCGGGAAAAACCCCAUCUCUAUCAAAAGCAUUCCGUUUCCAAAACAAAAAGACCACUUAGCGAGGAUUUUCGAAAAAAGGAAGACGAUCCCCCUUCAGAAAACGUACAUUCCACCCACCAUGCACGCAACCAGCCGAAAGAACAAAGUACACGCCAUUCACUAAAUGCAUCCUUUGGAAAGUUUUGGAAGGAUAUAAAGACAUUCAACAUGAAUCCUGCAUCAAAUAGUGGAAGUAGUAAGUCUGAAACAACAGCUACCAAAAAAUCUCAUCAUGGCAAAGUGAAACCAAGUUUACUUCAGAGCAAAGAGCACAAGACUGUAGAUUCCACCGUAGAAAAUGAGAACCAGAAGGUGUUACGAAGUCACCGGACUCACAGCCAAAGUCGAUCGCGACAGGGCUCACUGUCGGACAGCCAACAUUUCCGCAGCAACUCCACCGACCGAGCCUCUGUAAUGAAAUACAGAGAGGCCAUUGACAAAAGCAGACCGUUUCUGCGAUCGGCAUCAGAUGAUGCGAUGCUCUCUCAACAAGUAUCCGAGCCGGUCAUGCAGCGUGAUGGUGAGGAGGAUGCGGAAGACAUCUCAGCAGAGAAAAUGAAGACAAAAAUUCUCUCAAUGUGGAACAAUGUCAGAUAUGGUUGGACUGUGAAAACGAGAACAGCGUUCAGCCUAGCCAAGCCGAUCUAUAUCCUGGGAAAGUGUUUCCAGCAUAGUAUAGAAGAUGCAGAGGAACGCUUACCAGGCCUGGAUGCAGUCAAGUCGCCAGCCAUGGAACUCUUCAAGAGGGAGUUUUCCUCUCGUAUCUGGCUGACCUACCGUCGGGAGUUCCCUCAGCUGGCCGGCUCCUCCUACACCACUGACUGUGGCUGGGGAUGUAUGCUGCGCAGCGGGCAGAUGAUGCUGGCCCAGGCUCUGGUCCAGCAUUUCCUGGGCAGAGAUUGGAACUACUACAAUGAGCAGACCAAGGAGGAGCAGCGUUACCACCACGAGAUAGUGAGAUGGUUUGGUGACCAGCCAGAUGACAUGAGUCCCUUCUCCUUACACCGGCUGGUAGAGAUCGGCAAGAGCUCUGGCAAGAAGGCUGGGGACUGGUAUGGACCAGCCUCGGUCGCACACAUCUUCAAAGAGGCCAUGGAUCAGGCUAUGGAUCUGAAUCCCCUGUUGGAACAAGUCUGUGUCUAUGUGGCUCAGGAUUGCACCAUCUACAAGGCAGAUGUGAUUAAGUUGUGCAAGCGGAAGCGUCCUGGUUCCCUGCAGCCGGUGUACAGUGACCAUAGCUUGCCAGUGGCGCCUCCGUCGACCGUUUCUCCUCCCCUAAGCUCCGCCCAUCAGCAGCCUACUGGACCCUAUCCACAAGCAGGGAGUACUCCUUCCACAUCAACUGGUUUACAAAAACCUGACCUUGAUUCAAGUGAUGUGAAUCGGGCUGAUGAGAAGGAACCCACGUCAAUGCAGCAAAGCACAAUUCAACAGUCAAGCCAGACUGACUUCUCAAGCAGUAGCGAACUGAAUGGGAGCUCCACUCCCGCAACGCACCCACCGUCGGUGUUUACCACAAACUCGCACCAGGCCGAUAUCACCCCAGAGCCAAGCUUGGCCCGGCCUAAGAAAUCGCAUCCGCCCCCAGUAGCAGCCAAACCAAAGACAGUGCACCGGCCCCACUGGAACGGGAAUAGCCCCAAGGCUGAGGAACCAUCCUCCAUACCCGAGACGGAGGAUACACAGAGGUGGAUAGAGCCGAGUGAUAUCGCUCACCAGCCUGACAGGGAACCAGUGUCAGCGUCAUUAAUGACGCAAGACGAGAAACCCAGGAAUGAAGGCGAUGGAUCCUCAACGUCUGACAGGGAACCAGGGACAGCCUCGUCAAUGACACAAGACGAGAAACCCAGGAAUGAGGGCGAUGGAUCCUCAACGUGGUGCGCCGUGGUGAUCCUUGUGCCUGUCAGGCUAGGAGGAGAUGAAGUCAAUCCCAUCUACGUCAGCUCCGUGCAAGCUCUGUUCACUCUAGACUGCUGCAUUGGGAUUAUCGGCGGCAAACCCAAGCACUCACUGUACUAUUUAGGCUUCCAAGAGGAGAAAUUGAUACAUCUUGAUCCUCACUACUGCCAGCCCGUUGUUGACAUGAAAACUAGGGAGUUCUCCCUCUCUUCAUUUCACUGCAUGUCACCUCGCAAGAUGGCUAUUAACAAGAUGGAUCCAAGCUGCACCAUAGGCUUCUACCUGCGCACCGAGGAAGAUUUCAACGAAUUCUGUGAAGUUGUUCCAUCGAUUGUCCAGGGUCCACCAACCGCCAACUCCAGAGACUACCCGAUGUUUAUACUGCGAGACGGUAGCUGCCACGAUUGGAAUAGCCACCACGCGACAGAUGAGGAGAAACCAGAGCGCUAUCUCCGGGUGCGACACGUCAACCAGAACGGCCAGCUCAUUGCCCCCAUGCGCGAGACCGAGGACUUUGUAUUCUUAGACUCCUGAGCUGGACACCAGUGAAUUGCUGGUGCCCGUCGGGUAACGAGAAUUUUUUUUGAUAAUAGGUUGGAACUCUGGUAUUUGAAUGCUACUGCAAUUGACACAGUGGCAUCAUGAAGAAAGCUGGGAAUCUUGGAAAGGAUCUUGUCCAAGCUAAACUCCUCCGACGCAUUUCCGUUUUUUCCAGGAUGAGGUUAUGGUGGAAGAGUUGUUACUUCCUGUACCUUAACCACGAUAACCUAGUUUGAAAUGUCACUUACAAGUCUGGCGUAGAUUGGGUUAUCCACUCUUUCUGGACUGACUCCAAUUUUCAGAAGGUUAGGAGGUUUGGAUGUGAAAUAUUCUCACUGAUUUCAAAGCAAAUAUUUUACGUUUUCCACAGAAAGACAAUACGAUACUUGCCCGCGCAAAACAUGAUUUGGACAUUUUCAAAACAUCUAAGGUUUUCCAAAUUCUGUACAACAUGAACAUUAACAUUUUGUUUCACAUUCAUUUCUGUUAAAGGCUUCAAAAACUUCAGAUAAAAGGGGUUUACAGCAUUUAUUAACUAGUUUCGCGCAGGAUAACGUUUAUAUAUACCCCCCAAAGGUUUUGCGUUAUUCGGAACGGAUGACGGAUUAACACGCAGGAGCGAGGCCAGAAAUAUCUUUCAGUGACCCGCUCGCA